AUGCCCUAUCACUACAUCUAUAUCGGCCCCUUUGAGAAGGGCGCCGUCAAGCGCCGUCACCACUGGAUCGCCGCCUCGCGUGCCAUCUUGGCCAUCGAACGGCGAUACAAGAUCUUCGCCGCCUGGAAUGAGGACUUGAUGCGCGAUCACUUUCUCCUGCUCCUUUGUUCCCCUCACGCCGCCAACACCCACGACGGGGAGCUGCUCCUGCUGCGGGACGCCCUUGACGCCCUCCAGGGCCACUGGGAAGGGUACGAGGUUUCCCCCCUGCCGUCCAUGUACGUCCUGCCUUCCUUCGGCGAGGAUGGGGUGCGCGAGCCCCGUAGGAUUUAUAGAAUGAAGCGGCUGGAGCGGAUGAGAGCCGCCAGUCAGAAUCCUCCGUCUUGA